CCAUUGACACGUGGCACACCCAGAUUGGUAAUUUCCGGUUUCGUCUCGAACCAGCUUAGGAAUUCUUCUUUACCUCUUUCUCUCUCAAAUCUCAAUCCCAAUCCAUGUGUUUGUUUGUGAAUCUCAUUUUCACUCCCAGAUUUGCUUACCCUUCAAUUCCAAUUCCAACUCAACAUUCUCUCAUUCAUUCACAUCCAUCACCAGGUGCAGGUAUUGAAUUUUAGAGGUUCUUGCAAUGGCGGCGAAUCCUUCUAAUGGAGAUCAACAAACAACACCUUCUAAGCAACCUCCCUUGCCAUCUCCCUUGCGUUUCUCCAAAUUCUUUCAGUCGAACAUGAGAAUCUUGAUUACUGGUGGGGCUGGAUUCAUUGGUUCUCACCUAGUCGAUAGAUUGAUGGAAAAUGAAAAAAAUGAGGUCAUUGUUGCUGAUAACUACUUCACUGGGUCAAGAGACAACCUCAAAAAAUGGAUUGGCCAUCCAAGAUUUGAACUUAUCCGCCAUGAUGUCACUGAGACUUUGAUGAUUGAGGUUGAUCAGAUCUACCAUCUUGCAUGCCCUGCGUCUCCUAUUUUUUACAAAUAUAAUCCUGUGAAGACAAUUAAGACAAAUGUGAUUGGCACACUGAACAUGCUUGGGCUUGCAAAGCGAGUUGGAGCAAGGAUUUUGCUUACAUCAACUUCAGAGGUUUAUGGGGAUCCUCUUAUACAUCCCCAGCCUGAAAGCUAUUGGGGCAAUGUUAACCCCAUCGGAGUUCGUAGUUGUUAUGAUGAGGGAAAGCGUGUCGCUGAGACUUUGAUGUUUGAUUAUCAUAGGCAACAUGGAAUAGAAAUACGCAUUGCAAGAAUCUUUAACACAUAUGGUCCACGCAUGAAUAUUGAUGAUGGACGUGUUGUCAGCAACUUCAUUGCUCAAGCAAUUCGUAAUGAACCCUUGACGGUCCAAUCUCCAGGAACACAAACUCGCAGUUUCUGCUAUGUCUCUGAUCUGGUUGAUGGCCUUAUCCGUCUCAUGGAUGGAUCAGACACUGGACCAAUCAACCUUGGAAACCCAGGUGAAUUUACAAUGCUUGAACUUGCUGAGACAGUGAAGGAGCUUAUUAAUCCAAAUGUGGAGAUAAAGAUAGUGGAGAACACUCCUGAUGAUCCGAGGCAGAGAAAACCAAUCAUAACCAAAGCAAAGGAAUUGCUUGGCUGGGAACCAAAGGUGAAACUGAGGGAUGGCCUUCCUUUCAUGGAAGAAGAUUUCCGUUUGAGGCUUGGGGUUGAGAAAAAUUAAUUUCUCUUCACUCCUUUCGUUACAUGUCAAAAUAGACAAUAAAUGGAUUAAUCUGUCAACUUCCAUAUUCUUCCUUUUCAUAAUUAAUGGUACUGAGGAAGUUGGGGUGCCUGAAAUUUGGCUUCCAUAAGUAUCAUGUCUCCAAAUUUUGCCGCUGGAGUUAGUAUUGAGUUAAAAUCUCAUUAAAAAAGUCCCUGCUUUCUGGUUCACGUUCAUGAUUUGUUAUUCAAGCACAUCAUUCUAUAUUAGUCAUCAGAUUUUUUUCUGCAUAA